UUUCCACAACCUAAAAAUUUUUCAAUAAAUACAUUCAAGAUGGAUUAUUUCGUGACGAAUAGUGCUUUAGCAGCAGCUCCGAUGGGGAUACAAAGUACAGCAGGAGCUGUUCCUGUUAGAAAUGACAAGGGAGAAGUAUCUAUGAAAAAGGUUAAGGUACACAGAUAUGUAUCUGGAAAAAGGCCUGACUACGCACCAGCUGCAAGUUCUGACGAAGAAUCUGAUGAUAAUGGUUUCCUAGAAAAAUGUUCAAAGCCGAUUAAAAAUGAUGUAAGUAACGCUAUCAUUGAUAACAAAGCAUCGACAUCGAUAAUACAUGAUGAAGAAGAUCCACGGCUGAGGAGAUUGACACAUCUUGGCCGUCAAUCUAAUGAUGAAUCAGGAACAAUCGUCAAAAGACAUCGUCACAUCCAGAAGCCAGAAAUUAUUGAAACCGAAAUGACGAACGCGCGGAAGAAAAUAAAACUCGAGAGUUCUGAUUCUUCAGAUGAUGAGGACUUAUCUGAUACUGAAAUAGAACGAAGGCGUGAGGCGCUAAAACAACGUGUGAUAUCCAAGAAAGAAACCGAGGAAGAAAUAAUCAAAGACGAGGAAGAAGAAACUCAAGGAAGUAAGCCAGCUGACUCAACAGAAAGUAAACUUGAGGACGUUUGUACGGAUGACGAGAAUGAUGAAGUCAGGUACGAAGCCUGGAAACUCCGUGGGUUAAAAAGAAUAAAACGAGAUCGAGAGGAAUAUGAAGCCACUGAGAAAGAAAGAUUGGAAAUAGAAAGAAUCAGAAACUUAACUGAAGAAGAACGUCAACAAGAAGCUAAGCUUAAUCCAAAAGUUAUCACCAAUAAAGCCGCUAAAGGAAAGUAUAAGUUUCUGCAAAAAUACUAUCAUCGAGGUGCAUUUUAUCUGGAUAAAGAUGAAACUAUACUCAAACGUGACUAUUCUGGAGCUACACUGGAGGAUCAUUUCGAUAAAACAGUUUUACCUGAAGUCAUGCAGGUCAAAAACUUUGGACGUCGUGGACGAACCAAGUAUACUCAUUUGGUCGAUCAAGACACUACACAAUUUGAUUCCCCUUGGAUAUCUGAGACAGCCCAGAAUCUUAAAUUCCACAAUAAUCAAUCUGCUGGAACGAAGCAGUUAUUCGAGAAACCGUCAUUGAAAAAACGAAAAUACGACGGUAAUUAAAUA